GUGGGGUGGUGUGUGCGCUAGUAUAUCCUGUGGUCAAAAACUUUUAUCAAUGUGGAAGCUUAUAUGGCGUGGUAUUCUAGUAUGUCGGGCAUACUGCCGAGAUUAGUCCUGGUGGCUUUUGUGCUGACAGGUAUGUGUUAUAGAUGCUCACUGGCGAACUGGGUAGAAGAAAGCGAAGUCAAGAAACAAGGGUUAGAAAUUUAAGGGAGCGUGAGUCGCGAUUGGUCAUGAGGAGGGACGCUUACAGGCACAGACGGCAGCGGGGGCCAGACAGCGGCAGCGGAGUCUGAGCUUUCGUCAGGCAUAUCUGGGUCGUGGGGGAGUGAUGGUUAUGGGCGGUCGGUGUUGGCAGCUCGGGGGUCGAGUGUGGUGUUGCCAUGCCGUGUGGGCGGAGGGGGGACGCCCACACGGAUGUUCGCCACUGGUGGCGGGGGGAGUGGCAGCAGCAGCAGCAGCAGCGGCGGCGGCAGCGCCCACACCCAGGCCCCACGGACGCCCUCGCCCUACGAAUGGAUCAACGUCGAUUGGAGACUCAAUAACGUCUCGGUGGAUGAUCGGCGGAGGUAUUACGUCACCCCCGACGGGCAUCUCAACAUCACUAAGGUGACGCAUCGUCGUGGUCGGAUGCGGGCUUCGAACGAGGGGGAGUUCCAGUGUGUGGUGACCACCCCUGCGGGCGUCAUCACCAGCCCACCCAUUCAUUUAUACGUCGCUAGUAUGACUAAGAACUUUGUAUUAUCCCAUACCAAUGUGACGGUGGUGGUGGGGGAGGCGCUGCGACUUUCGUGCCAAAUUGACUCCCAGCCACCAGCUUCACUCACCUGGACCCACGAUGAACAACCUCUACCUCAAGAUGACAGGUACACAACCCCCUUCUCAGGAGUGCUUCACAUUACUGGAGUACGAAUGACUGAUGCUGGCACUUAUAAGUGCAGAGCCACCAAUUCACUAGCAGGAAAAGAUCGGCGGAGCAAUGGUAUUUCGGUAACAGUUGUUGCUCAGGGAGAGGGAGAAACCUACAAACCCCCUUCUUUUCUCUCCCCAAAAGUUCCGAUUCAAGUUAUACAAGGAGACAAUGCAGUCUUGGAAUGCAUGGCAACAGGUGUGCCAUUGCCCACUAUUUCUUGGCAACGAAAAGUGAACAUACAUGAGGGUGAUGGAUGGGAAGACUUGAAGAAUGGCAUGAACGGCAUCACAAUUUUAGGACAAGGAACACUGCUGAUUUCUAAUGUAUACAAUACUAGUGCUGGCCUAUAUGUUUGUACUGCUAAGUCUGAAAACCCUACCACCAAGAAAGAUGAAAGCAUUUUUCAGGAAUUAACACUAGAUGUUAUGGUGCCACCUGAAAUUCUAGAUCCUCCCAAGCCUUCAUACCCUCUUCUAGCUAAGACAGUCCGCCUCAACUGCUCAGUAACGGGUCAUCCUGUUCCCCGUGUCAUAUGGUACAAAAAUGGCCUGCCUAUUGAAUUUAAGGGACGUAUUAUAGAGGGGCCCUCGAAUCAACUCGUGCUCACAAGUUCUAUUACAUCUGACACGGGAAUGUAUCAGUGCCUCGCUAUCAACGAUGCAGGAUAUGCCUCAAGUUGGGCCCCAAUGCUAAUAAAGUCGUCCAAGAACAACCCUGACCCACCCAAGAAUCUUCGCUAUAAGGUUCUGUCUUCUACCUCUGUUCUUCUUGAGUGGGAUCCAGUGACACCUGUUGAUGAAAUAAAAGCUUAUUCAGUCCAUUAUUCAGAAACAGAGGGAAAUAAACUUGAGAUCAGUGUUGUAUCUUCAAAUGUGUCAUAUUUGCUUGAAAAGUUAACUCCAAACACAAACUACACUGUGUAUCUGAGAGCUUACAGUACCUCAGCAUCAGAUAUAUCAGAACGGAUAACUUUUCAAACUGACGAAGAUGUACCCACUGGAGCUCCAAAGGUUAGACUUACUCCUGUUUCACCCACCACACUUUUAGUUACUUGGAGUAAGCUUCCUCCUGAGAAAGCUCAAGGGACUAUAAUAGGUUACAAAAUUCAGUGGAGGAAGCCCAACCAUUAUUACUACCAUGUUAUAGAGGUUGGGCCAAAUGUCUUCGAAUACAGGAUAACUGAUCUCUACCCUGGUAAGAGAUAUGAAGUACAGGUGUUAGCUGGUACAAAGAUGGGCUACCCCACUAAAAAUGACUGGCCUUGGAUAACCAAAAAAAUGCGUGAACGGAAUCCUGCUGAUACCUUACCUUCUCCUAAUGUUACUAUAAAGGUGCUAAAUGAUACUACAGGUGAAGACCCUAAUAAAUAUUAUCUUAAGAUUGACUGGCAGCCUCCAGAGGAAAGUGAAGCUGAAAUAGAAGGAUACAUACUUAAAUAUCGUCCAAAGGGAAAACCCUGGUUAGGUCCAGUCAAUUUGACUCCAGAUCAAUUAUCUUACACUAUAACUGGCUUAGAUGUUGCAUGGUAUGAGAUUCAGUUAAAAGCUGUCAAUUCAGUUGGUGAAGGAUUGCCAAGUGUGCAAGAAAUCAACGUUCAUCAAGGUUCUCUGGGUAAUCCAACUUUCCCUAAUACAACUCAUGGCAUUGAUCAGCUGGAAGUUAAUCCAUUGUCUCAGACUAGUGUUCGAUUAUCAUGGAAAGAUGCAGGAGGACGUGAAGUUGGAACUUACUUUAUGGUGAAAUAUUAUGAAGUUCCUCUGUUACAUCAGCCACCAGAACCUACACUUGUUCGAAGUGAUAUAACAGAAACGAUCAUAACAGGUUUGAAACCUUUUAGUACAUACGAAUUCAGUGUUCGUGCACAUGAAUCAGAAAAAAUGUUUAGUGCAUUUAGUCCUCCAGUGCAGGCAACAACUAUGGAUAAUCUUCCACCGGCUCCAAAGGUGUUUAAAUAUGAACCUACUGAUACCUCAACAAUUCGUCUGCUUUGGGAUUUACCACCAAAUGUAAAAAAUUCACUUACAAAUUAUGAGAUUCUCUUUACAUUGGAUAAAAAUAAACCAUUAUCUCAGUGGGAUGUUCAAGAGGUAGAUGGUGAAUUACUGAGUGACACGGUUGGUGGACUUAUAUCCAACACUCCAUAUUACUUUCGAAUACGAGGUUGCAUACAUGAUAGGUGUGGACCAGUAACAGAAGCUAUGAUGGCUACAAUCCCUACAGUACUAAAGGAUGGAAACCAUGAGACCACAGAAAAGCUAUAUUUGAUCUGUGGUUUAGUGGCAACCCUAUUUCUAGUUUUGAUUCUAGUACUCCUCGCUGUUUAUUGUGUAAAAUCCCGCAAUAUGUCAACUCAACCCCGUGUUUUGGCAUGUAAUGGAAAUGGCCAUAUAAAUGGUAAAAGGUGUGCACAAGCUGUCAGUCUUGGGCAGUCAGAGGGUCAUGCAGACAUCGAAGGGCAGGAAAUGGAAGUUUAUAUCCCCAUGCUGACACAGAUACCCCCAGACUUCAAAUCUCCACCUCUUGAUACCAAGGGUGGAUAUCCAGAUCCUCGGGUAAACGGGUUAAAUAAUCCUCGGUGCAAUGGGUUUAUUAGGAGCCGAGACCAAUUACAGGAAGCUCUACCCCGGGCAGAUUCUCAGGGCGGAUCAGAAGAAGAAAAUGAGCGGCUAGUUAUUGGUGCAGGAAGUAGCAGCAGCAGCAGCAGCAGUAAUGGUGCCAUGAGACAAGGUGUCCUCCCUCAGGCCUUUCAGAACCAUCACAGAGAUACAGGAGAUGCUGGCCAAGGGAGGGAAAAUCAAAGUCACUCCCUAGCUGCUACACCUCCUCCAUCUCCAACUCAUCAACAUAAUCACAGUGGCACAUCUCAAGAUGGACUCACCAAUAUAACAAGCCUCACAACCUUGAGUGGGGUUGAAAGUGAAGGUGGGAUAGAGCAGGAUAAAUCCAUGGUGGGUGUUGCAGAACGUAAUCAAGCUGUUGACUUACAACAUGGUCAUCAUCACAAUAAUUCAGGUGCAACAAGAGCGUCGUCCCCUCGGCCUCCACUCACAACGGUGCAGUAGCCACUAAAGGUGCCUGGGCUAUGUGCCUAGCUACCCUCUUCCCUCGCAGGCCCCAAUCACCGAGAGUCUCCCCUCUGGUCUGAUGCGGGUAUUCAUACGUAUACAAGGCCUGGCCCAGCUGCUGCGCUGGUAUGUGGCAACUGUGCCCAUGCAGCCCACGUUGGACUUGAUGCGUGCCUUGACUCAAGUGUACAAAUGUUGUCAGUGUGGGUACUUGAGACCAUCAGAUAAGCGGGGCUGGGUCAGGCACCCCACUGUAGCCACUAACACUAUGAUGUUAGUUGGUCUGUACCAUGUUAGCACCUUGGACAUUGCUCUCGGUUACAUAUUUUGGGCUCAGUGUUCCUCUGAUGGACGAGCCACGGUACAAUUCACUCACCGAGGCUUAUUGAAAGGAGUACAAAGUAAUCAUUUUGACUUUUUUUAUCCAUGAACUGUGAUGAGAGCUGUGUCCAGGGUGUUCCUUGUUUCCCCUGACAGCAACAGAGUUUCAGGGAUUAUCCUGGCAAAUAACGGCAUGCUUGUCCCCUCCCCACCACCACCACCACCACAGCCCCAAAGAUCCCUCUCAUGUCUUCACAACCUCAGUGUUUCGCCAUAUUUGUAUCAGGGAUGGUAAUCUCUUCUCACCUCUUUUGAUAAGACUGUAAUUCAUUUAUUAUUCCAACAUAUUUUAUUUGUCAGCUGUUUUAUAUAUAACACAGUAGUACAAGAGUAAUGGGUUAUUACUAUUUUACAUGUAAAUCAACUUUAGGCAGCAGUCACAACUUAUAUGUAUAUAUUAUUUUUCUUUUUUCUUACAGUUUGUUCAUUAUUGCAGUCUGUAAUCAGGGAGAAUCUUACAAGAGCAUCUACUACUGUGUGCAGAACAAAGUUUACACUUAAAUGAUCACAUGCAGUGCUUAAAUCUAAGUAGAAGCUACCUGAACAUGUGAAUUUUAAGAAGGUAUCGGGUCCUUUUUCUGUGGGUGAAGGAUCAAGUAUUCAUUUGUAAAGAAUUGUUGCAUUCAUUAAUUUUGAGCAUGAAACUUUUACCAGGGAAGUAUUAUUACUCAUAGUCAUGAAAUGAAAAAAAAACUUGCACAAUAUAGCAACAAAUUGAGGUAGCCAUCUUCCAAAAAUUCAUCUUUAAAUAUGCAACUUAAUUAUUUGCAACAUAAUUUUCCUCUUACCAAUCCUCUUAAGUAUUGGAGAGUUCAGUAAUUGACAGUUAAUAAACAGCUACAGGUCUCACUGAUCCUUCACCCACAUCCCCCCCCACAUUGCAUUCCAAACAGACUUUUGAAAAUGGUGCUGUAGUACUAGACUGAAUAGCUGUCAGUUAGUCAUAACAAUAAAAAAUUUAAUUUUUGUAUUAUAAAAUAAUGCUCCACUUUAUGUAGGUGGACAGCUUAUAUAUGUAAAUAUUUAUUUAAAUUUGAAUUGAGGUAAUUGUUAGAAAGCUUUACCAUUUACUUUAGUUGAGUUUGAAUUGAAUGACUGAAUGGCAGCCAUUUUGGACAGUACAUGUCAUCAGCCUCUCGGUGAAGAGCCCGGGCUAGCCUCUCCUCCCAGUGUCUCACCAUCAGUCCUCUUGUGGCUAUUUUUGUGAGCCCUGAUUAUUGUUUUUGAUCAUGCCAUGAGAAAAAAAAAAUGUGGACAAUGAAACUAUUGAAAAAAUUAUUGUUCACACUUUUUAUCUUUUUUGUGAACAACUAAUGAAUUCUGUUUAUUGGUGAAUAACAGUGUUUUGAUACUUGUUAAGCAGCUCCUAUACUGUUUUUGCCUUAUCAUGAAAUUGUUCAAACAUUCAGGGCAAAAGGUGUACGUACGUAAGGGGCAAUAGGUCCCAGUAUAGGUGUGGCACCGUUGGUGAAUGCUGCUGCUGAAACUUUCCUGCUGGAGUCAAGGCAGGGGUUCAGCCUGGUGACUCUCCUGUGUGUGUGACGUAGCUGACUGUCUGAGAUAGGAGUUUCAUACACAAGACUUGUUUUUAAUAUUUAGUACAAAACAUAUUAUUCCAUUUACUAACUAUAUACACUGGUUAACUCAAUCCCAAGUAGAACUACUGAAACAAUCUCAGUGCUUUUCUCAAUCUGUGGUUGUACAGAUUGUAGUAAGUCACCAUGUAGCACUCUGUGCACUCAGACCACUGCUCUCAGCAAGGCUACACUUCCUAAAUGGCUUUGUAUCAAAGCUUAAGCUUUGGCUGAUUCAGAAGGGAAAGGAAUAAAAGAUCAGGCCUAAAGUGAUGAGCAGAAGCUUGGCUGUGCAGAGUGGUGCGAACCCCCUUCCUCCCAAUUAAGAAACAUAGCUCAGGCUUUUACCUCAGUUACUGUGUGGAGCUCCAGUUAAUGACAGCGUGUGGAGAUACCCAAUAUACGUAUUUGUUGCCCACUGAUGAAUAUUGUCUUUUAUUAUUAUGAACUUAUGUUUAUCUUGCUGCUAAUUUAGUUUUGUUAGCAGAAAAGGGUGCCAACAUAGCGGCUCAGGUGAGGGAUACUUUGUGCUCUACAUCCAGCCACCCACUAAGCAAUGGUCCACAGCCGCUCAUGGUACACAACUAUGCUGUAAAAGUAUGAUUCAGAGUUUAUUUUAUAUAUA